UUUGUUUCCUUUUGCUCACUCUGCGCCUUGCUUGAACAACACACAGAAAGAGAUCGGAAUCUGCUGCAGUAGGCUACACCGAAAUCCCUGCAAAUUAACCCUGUGCUUGUGUUGUUGACUUAACAUUGACAUCUUUUCUCACUGGGUUUGUCUCCAUUUGCUGAUACCUCCACUCUUCAGUAUUGGGAUGGGUAAAACAAUUGAGUUGUAUGGAUUUCCUAAUUAUGUGAAAGCUUGUGAUGUGAAGAUAUUUGUAGAGAAUUAUAGUGGUAAAGGAAGUAUCGCAGUUAUGAAGCUAAGACAUGGGAAAGGUCGGUCUGGAAGAGCAUUCGCUAUUAUUCAAUUCAUCACAGAAGACUGUGCUACACAUAUGAUGGGGAUGGCUAAAAACCUUUCAGGAGGAUUGCGGUAUGGAAAGGCUUAUUUAAAAGCUCGGGAAAUGGAGAGUGAUAUUGAUCGAAAGCUAAGAAUGGAUUUGCCUGGUUUGGAAGGUGUGAAACUGUAUUUUGGCUGCCAGAUAUCCAAAGGAGGAUUUUCUGUUUUGGAGACAAUUCAGGAUGUGAGUUUAAAUUUUGGGAGUGGAAAGAGAAAGGUGGAGCUGAAAUUUUCGUAUAACCUGGUGCAAUACAAGCUUCAGCUUUCAUACGAGAACAUUUGGAAGGUUGAGCUGCUUCGACCACGGAAUAAAACUGCAUGUUAUCUCCUUCUUCAGUUACUUGGUGCUCCCAGGAUAUUUGAGUAUGACGUGCACAUGUCGGCAGAUGUAUCUGACAGUGUAUUUGAUAAAUCUUCGUACAACUACAAAAAAUAUAUCCUUGAUGAGGAAUGGACCAGAACAAUAGAUUUCACUAAAGACAGUUGUAUUGGGCAGUCCUCCGCCAUAUGUCUGGAGUUUCCUAGUGGCCAAAAUUUACCAAAUUUCAAGGAUAUCUUUGCUUAUUAUGAGCAAAGUGAGAGGCAAUACACACUACACCCAGGAGUUCCCUUUUCUCAAAAUUGGGGUCUUGUCCCCAUUGUUGCUCCCCAAGGUGUUGAAAUACCAUUUGAGAUCUUGUUUAAAGUCAAUUCAUUGGUUCAGCAUGUAUGUCUUGCGGGACGUGCACUUAAUGAUGACUUCUAUCGCUUGGUUGAUCCGCGCACAAUGCCCCUUGAUUUUAUUGAAAAUGCUUUAGAAAAGAUGUACUACUCUAAGGAAUUCUGUUAUGAUCCCACGAAGUGGUUUAAUGAUAAGUACAAAAGGUACCUUAAAUCAAAUUCAAAGAAUGGUCCUCGGUGGCCUGCAAUAUCUUUGGAUAAAGGGUUGGUAUAUGUUCGCAGGGUUCAGAUCACACCUUGCAAAGUUUACUUUUGUGGUCCAGAGGUUAAUGUCUCAAAUCGUGUUCUCCGUCACUUUCAUGAACAUUUGGAUAACUUUAUACGUGUUUCGUUUGUCGAUGAGGAGUUGGAUAAACUGUUUUCAACUGAAUUAUCAUCCCGUGCACAGAACAAGAAAACUGACUUGUACACAAGAAUUCUUGACAUCCUUAAAAAUGGCAUUGUUAUUGGCGACAAGAAGUUUGAAUUUCUAGCAUUCUCAUCAAGUCAGUUGCGGGAGAAUUCUCUCUGGAUGUUUGCUCCUACAGGGAGGCACACUGCCGCAUCCAUAAGGAGUUGGAUGGGAAAUUUUAACAAUAUUAGGAAUGUUGCAAAGUAUGCUGCUAGGCUGGGACAAUCUUUUGGUUCAUCUACUGAAACUCUAAGCGUCCCUAGACAUGAAAUUGAAAUUAUUGAGGAUGUGAGGAGGACUUGUGAUGGAAAGGAAUAUGUCUUCUCUGAUGGUAUUGGGAAAAUAUCUCUUAAAUUUGCCAGGAGAGUGGCUAGAAAAUGCGGCUAUCAUGGCACUCCAUCUGCCUUUCAGAUUCGUUACGGUGGUUACAAAGGAGUUGUAGCUGUUGAUCCAACAUCACGUUUUAAGUUAUCACUGAGGAAUAGCAUGCGGAAGUAUGAUUCAGAUAACACCAAGUUAGAUGUUUUGGGUCGUAGUAAGUUUCAGCCUUGUUAUCUGAAUCGGCAGUUAAUUACUCUCUUAUCCACUCUUGGCAUCAAUGAUGGUGUUUUUGAGAAAAAACAAAGGGAAGCUAUGUAUCAACUGAACACUAUACUAAAAGAUUCAUUGAAGGCACAAGAAGUUCUGGACUUAAUGCCUGCUGGGGAGAUCACCAAUGUCCUGAAGAAGCUCCUGAUUUGUGGCUACAAGCCUAGUGAGGAACCAUUCCUUUCAAUGAUGCUGCAAAUAUUUAGGGCAUCAAAACUGUCGGAAUUGCGACUCAAAUCCAAGAUCUUUAUUCCAAAAGGAAGAGCAAUGAUGGGAUGCCUAGAUGAAACUAGUACCCUGGAAUAUGGUCAAGUAUUUGUGCAGAUUUCCAACAAUAGGCUGCGGGGUCUAUUUGAUGAUUCUUUGCCCUAUAAUUUGCCAAAAAAAUACUCUGUUACAGGUAAGGUGGUAGUAGCUAAAAACCCUUGCUUGCACCCUGGUGAUGUUCGUGUUUUAGAAGCUGUGGAUGUGCCAGAUUUGCACCACAUGGUGGACUGUGUUGUUUUCCCUCAAAAAGGACCGAGACCUCAUCCAAAUGAGUGUUCGGGAAGUGAUCUGGAUGGAGAUAUCUACUUUGUCUGUUGGGACCCUGAAUUGAUUCCUUCCCUUCAAAUCCCACCAAUGGACUAUACUCCUUCCCCAACUGUAGAAUUGGAUCAUGAUGUGACAAUUGAGGAGGUUGAGGAGUAUUUUACGAAUUACAUUGUGAAUGACAGUCUGGGAAUAAUUGCCAAUGCACACACUGUCUUUGCCGACAACCAACCAAGAAAAGCCAUGUCUGAAGAAUGUCUUAAGCUUGCAAAGCUGUUUUCAGCAGCCGUCGACUUUCCAAAAACUGGUGUUCCAGCUGUUAUUCCUCGUGUACUGUAUGUCAAAGAAUAUCCUGACUUUAUGGAGAAGUCUGACAAAGAAACCUAUAUAUCACCAAAUGUAAUAGGAAAGCUCUAUAGAGAAGUUAUAGAAGCAAUUUCAUCAAGUGAUGGUGGCUCUAUUUCAUCCUUCACCCGAGAGGUCGCGAGAACGUCUUACGACUUUGACAUGGAAGUUGAUGGCUUCUUGGAUUAUGUCGAUGAUGCUUUCUAUCACAAAACCAAUUAUGACUACAAGUUGGGAAAUCUGAUGGAUUACUAUGGCAUCAAAACUGAAGCUGAAAUCCUCAGCGGUAAUAUCAUUAAACUGUCAAAAUCCUUCAACAAAAGGAGGGAUGCAGAAGCAAUAAAUAAAGCUGUGACAUCCCUAAGGAAAGACGCUCGGUCAUGGUUCAAUGAGGGCAAUAAUGGUGAUGAUGAAUAUGCAAAAGCUUCUGCAUGGUACCAUGUUACUUACCAUCCAAGUUACUGGGGUUGCUACAACCAGGGGAUGGGUAGGGAUCAUUAUCUAAGUUUCCCAUGGUGUGUUUUCCCUCAGCUUCUCCAAAUCAAGAAGAAGGUCUUCAAUAGAAGGUACUCUUAGGCAUGCAUAUGGAUAACUUUGGACUUUGCAUUACCUAUUUUCCACUUGGAUUUCUGGGGGCACUCAUUACUAGUAUCAGUGUAUAAGGAACUACCGGUAUAAAGUUUCUAUCAUUGACGAUUUCCAAUUUUAUAUAUUACUUUAGAGACAAAUAUAUUUAUCCUAAAA